AUGCCUCUACCCGUACGAACGCUUUGCCUCUGUCUCAUGGUGUUCUUGCUGUUCAAUACUCUUGCCUAUGCUGCUCAAGAAGGUGAUGCGGAGGCCGACCCGGUCUGCAGUUCCGAGGGAACCAAAGAGCAGGGGUGUUCCAUCAAGGGCAAUUCCGACUAUUAUGGCUUCGGUGUGAGAGUUGGUAUCUACACCCAAUGGAUGACGUCCUGGGUCGCGAACAACUUCCUCUGCGAAGAGAUUAUCGGUUCUCUCGAAACGAAUUCUAUCUUCCUCCUCGCGUUGUUCUCGACCGUCUUCUUCUACUCGCUCCAGGAGGACAAGAUUCGUGUGGUAGAUGUCCUGGUGAUCCAUCAAUUGUGCAUCGGGUUUCUAUUCAGCAUCAUGAGCCUCUGGGGGUAUCGCACGAUGUACUACAAAACGGAAGGCCCAGGCGGACGCCGCCACUUUGGCGGCUUUGGCACGCACUUCCGCCUCAUCCUCAUGAGCAUGAUCACCCUUUACGGGGUCUGGUUCUGGGCCAAAGGAAUCGACGUCUUGUCCCCGUGUGAUCGCCGAAAAGACUGCGGCGGCCUGAAAACAUUCUUCUUGGGUCCAAUGCGGGUUGAAUCCUGGGUGACCAGGGGUAUCAAUCUGGCCAUAGCCAUAGUUUCGGCACUGUAUUAUGCUGUCAUGGCGAUUGUGGCCGGCAUCGCCGGCAUUGUCUACGUGGCGAGGAAAUGGAGCAGGAAGGCGGAUAACUGGGAGUUGAUCGAGCACCCGGACGCGGAUGUUUCGCUCAAUAAGAGAGAGUUGACGGUAUGGUAUAUCUGCCUGUCUUGUUUCAAUCUGUUCUGGAUUGUGUUCGCCAUGCUCAGCAUCGAGUUCACCCUCAACUUGAACCACAUGGGCAACGUCCUUGUGAGCUCCGCGACUGCGGGAGCUGGUCAACUGAUCCCGCUGGCCAUCGGAGUCAUCAGUCUUGUGCGGGUGCUUUAUGUGCUGGCACAGAAGCAUGUCUCGUGGCUGCGGAAAAAAGAUGAUGACGAUGACUGCUGCAACCCCUCCUCCGGCGAGGGUGCCGACACGGCCAUCGGCGGCUUAGGUCUCAACCCGUAUCCAUCUGCUUUCAAAAUGGGAAGCGCAGGUGACCAGGACCAGAUUGCAGUGUUCGGGACAUUGAAUCGACCCCAGACUCUUCCUGCUGUGUCAGCAAGGGGCGGGCGUCAAGAGAGACGUUCCCUCGCACAUCGCGUCCUGUUGGCCUGGCUCCCUUGGUUGAAUAUGUUUGAAUGGUCGAAAGAAUCCUUAUCACCGAAAGCAAUCCGAGAAACUAUGAUUUUCGCCAAUAAUAAUACCAAGGAGAAAGAUACGGAGGCUGGCUUUGAAGUUAUGGGGGUGAAAAGGAUACAUUCAGGAAUGCAAGAUGUAAGGCAGCGAAUGGGGCACAAUCGCGACGAAAGUACGACGACGGAUGACAGCUCCACGGCUGCCCUCCUGAGGUCACCACCCCAGUUAUUGUCGGGACAGAAAGGGUUGAUGGCGCCCACGGGGGCCGACGGGGUAGAAAUGGCGGACCGGAGACAGUCAAUGAUGGACUCCAGUAUCUACGAUGGUGAUGGUUAUGAUGGCUACCCCCGCCAACGAUGA